AUGUUACCUAUCGUUAUGUUCAUUUUUGCAUCACUGACAACAACUUUAUUCCGAUUAGGAGAAAGCUGCAUUAGUACGUCGCCACGAGCAUUUUCAUCUGGAGUAUCAGUACAGCAGUUUAAUCCCAUUCCGCCUUCUCCACCCGGCGCAGCGAUUGGUCAACCACAAGGAAUCGCACUUGUCGCUGCACCGCAGCAAGUGCCUAACAAUGCUCCUGUCGGUGCAGUUAGGCCUGCAAUUUCAUCUGCGGGUCGAGGACCUAUUGAACCAAUCCCACAACAACAGCUUCUUAAUAGUUUAUUGGGCUCAAAGAUAACAUUACAUGAAUUUGAUUCAAAUGGAUACAACGCAGAAGGAGGUGGUCCAGUUGCUGCAGGCGAAGCACUGUCUUGUGAUUUUGAUUCUCGUCCGUGUUGCUGGGCUAAUGUUCCACCACCUGAUGACCAGCUUGACUGGCAUUUAGCAAAUGGUGUACCCGAUUCACCACAAUUCCAGAAUGCACUUUUUCCAAGUGGUAAUUAUUUGGUUACCUACGCCAGCAGUUCAGCGCCUUCAGACGAGGCUCAGUUUGCAUCGUGCGCUAUUGGCUGCGCAUCAUCACCUAUUGUCGUAAGAGCAAGACACUGGCAGUCUGAAAAUGUUUUGUUGCAAGUAUGUCAACGAGAAUCAUUUCCAAAUACCGUUAACUUUAAUCCACUAUUAAAUUGUCAAGAAUUUCCUCUUGUAAAUGGCCUUGGCGCGACAGAAUUGGUCCUUCCAAAAGCUUCACUCAUUGAUAUUGUAUUUGUGGCAAGUAACUUUGUUAGCGAGCGAGGUGAUAUGGCAAUUCUAGAUGACAUUGAAAUAAUCUAUGAAAGUGAUGGUGAUGACUGCGGCAUUGAACAGGAGGAGCGAAAAGCACAAAUUGAUGAAAAAGCUACAAUAGCGAGUGCAAAUGAAGCUGGUGUUGUAAAUAAUAUCGAUGCUUCGCAUUCUUCACUAAAUUCUACGUCUCAAAUGACAUUUGGGAGAAAGAAAUCAUCUGAUGAAAUUAAAACAACUGAAACAAAAUCAUUAGCUGCAUCUGCAACUGGAUCAUUAUCCUCGGCUGUAUCAUCUUCUGAAUCACAGUCUGGAUUUAGUGGGUCUGCUCUUUUAUCAUCACCUGAUAUAGUACCAGUACCAGCAUCUUCAGAGAGAAAUCAAGUAUCCAAGAUCACUACCUCGUCGUCAGCCACUUGCAAUGCAAUUAAAUGUUCAUUCGAAAAUCGAAAUAUCUGUAAUUAUAAGGAGGCGCAUCAGACGGAAUCAAUACGUGGCGUGACAACAAGUUUCCAAGUGGUCACUGGACAAUACAUGAAUAAAGUUACUGGGGUUAAAGAAGGGACUGAAGGCCAUUAUUAUGCAGCUACAUUUUUAUAUCCAAGAGAAAUGGCUGGAUUAGCAGUCAAUAUUGUGAACUUAAAAGAACCAGUUCGAUUACGGUUCCAGUAUUAUGAAGGAACACAUGGAGUACAGUUGAAAGGCUGUUGCGAAAGUUUGGAACACUGCUUGUUCGCAUCUGAUAAAUUUGUUAGUGUGAGUGAUAGAACAUGGAAACUUACCGCAUUUAUUUGUCCAGCUGGUACCUCUAAGAUUUUAUUUGUUUGCGAAAAUACAAGGACAAAUCAGGGAGCUUGUGCAAUAGAUGAUAUUCAAGUGAUCGAGAAUGGUGCCGUGGAUUUGAGAACGGCAAGGACACUUUGCUGA